AUGACGUCCACCUAUUAUCAGUGCCGUUCUUUCAGUGCUUCAACUGUUGGUGGUUGCCUGAUUAAUAUAUAUUUGGAAAAUUUACAUUUGCAAUACCCUAAAAUUACGAGAAUUAUAAAUAUUGGAAAAUCAUAUGAAGGUCGUGAUAUGAAAGUAAUUCAUAUAUCAAAAUCACAUAGAAAUAAAAUUAAAAAGCCAGCAAUAUUAAUUGAAGGAGGAAUACAUGCUCGAGAAUGGAUAGCUCCAAGUCAAGUUUUAUAUAUAAUCAGUCAAUUGGUUGAUAAUCGGCAAGAUUUAAUUAAACAUUUAGAUUGGUACUUAUUACCAGUACUGAAUCCUGACGGAUACGAAUAUACUCAUACAAAUGAUCGAUUAUGGCGAAAAACUCGUUCCAAUAUAAGAGGAAAAAACCUUGCAGAAAAUUGUAUUGGUGUAGAUGGUAAUCGUAAUUUCAAUAUUGGAUGGAUACCAUUAUUUUAUUGUACAAAUUUAUUUAGUGGUCUGAGACCAUUAAGUGAAGUCGAAGUGGAAAAUUUCACAAAAUUUGCAAAAACAAUUCAACAUCAAAUUAAAUUAUAUCUAUCAUUUCAUAGUUACGGAAAUAAGAUAUUAUUUCCAUAUGGUUAUACAUACAGAAAACCAAAGAAUUGGAAUGAAUUAAUAAGUUUAGCUCGUGCUGUUAAUAAUUCCAUGCCAGAAAAUUAUAAAGUUGGAAGUUCAUUUACCACAUUAUAUUAUGUUCCUGGAGGAAGUGUUGAUUGGUUUUAUGAUGUGUUAAAUGUUUCAUUAACAUUUUGUUUAGAACUAACUCCAAAUAGUUUUAUUGUAAAUGAAACAGAUAUUUUAGAUGUGUUUAUUGAUAAACCUGAAGGAAUCGCCGAUGAUAAUAAGGUUGGAAAAGCUUAA